AUGGCCUCCAAGAUCCUCAUUGUCUUCACCUCUUGCGACAAGCUUCCCAACGGCAGCGAAGCUGGAUGGUACCUUCCCGAGGCGGCCCACCCCUACUACGUUUUGUCGCCGUCCUUCACCAUCGACUUCGCAUCGCCAAAGGGCGCAAACCCUCCCGUAUCUCAAGGGAGCGUCGAACUCUUCAAGGAGGACGCAGAGAGCGUGCAGUUCCUGGCAGACGAGAUCGUGAAGCAGAAGCUCGCCUCCGCCAAGAUACUGUCUGAGGUCAACCCGGACGACUAUGCCGCCGUCUUCUACGUUGGCGGCCACGGGCCGUGCAUCGACCUUCCGAACGACGAGACCAACAUCAAGCUCGCCAACUCUUUCUGGCGCGCGGGCAAGAUUGUCUCCGCUGUCUGCCACGGGCCUGCCGCGCUCGUCAGGAUCACCGACGCCUCUGGCCAAUCCAUCUUCAAAGGCCGCCGCGCGACGUGCUUCACGGUCGCUGAGGAAAAAAUCCUCGGUACCGUUGACGCCAUCCCCUUUCAGCCCGAGGAGACGCUCAAGGAGCUUGGGGCGCAGUUUGAGAAUGCGGGGCCAUUCGAGGUGAACUUGUGUUUCUCGAGUGUUACCUUGGGGAAGGGAAAGCUGACGAUUGUCUCUCAGUCGAAGGUCGUCGUUGACGGGCGGCUUCUUACUGGGCAGAACCCAGCUUCGUCUCGUGCUCUUGCGGAGGAGGUUUUGAAGGCGCUGAAAGGCUGA